CUUUAAUCGUGGAGAAGGAAUUAUUAUUCUGUGCAACUAAUAAAAAGAUUAGCGUGCAGGAAAAUUUAGUGAUUCCGCUCGGUUGCUAUAACGAGAGCUAGUGACAAAAAAGUUCACUAGCAACUCCAGGAUCGCCUUAAAUACUACGAAGAAGAAGAAGAAGACCGUGGUUUGUGAGGUCAUGUAAGAUGCAGUGAGGUUAGGUUACCACGAACCACGAAAUGAAAAUUAUAUUAUAAUAAUCUUGAUAUUUGAUCAUUGUGUUAUUCUUCAAAAUGACGCAAAUCGUAUCAGAAGAUAACGAAUUAAGGAAAUUGCUUACUAGUCCAGCCAAAAAUGCGAGCGAAGAUGGAUCCAUGGCUCCACCGUUAUCGACGAGUGUACCGAAGCUGAGUACGUCUCAAAAUGUUAAUCCACAAACAACAAUGAGUCCAAUGAUACCGGUUAACAGCACGAAAGAAGUCCUAGAACCCUGUCUGCAGAAUGUAGUCUCUACAGUUUAUUUGGGAACAGAAUUAAAACUCAUGUAUAUUAAUGUAAGAACAAGAAACUCGGAGUAUAAUCCAGCAAGAUUUACUGGAUUGAUAAUGAGAAUACAAAAUCCUAGAGCAACAGCGUUGAUUUUUCGCUCAGGUAAAUUGGUGUGUACCGGUGCAAGAAGUGUGGACGACUCGCGUUUGGCAGCGAAGAAGUUUGCUAGAAUAAUUCAGAAGCUUGGAUUUUCUGCAAAAUUUAUCGACUUUAAAAUACAAAACAUAGUCGCAACAUGUGACUUAAAAUUCCCAAUUAGAUUAGAAUCUCUAAAUCAAAUGCAUGGUCAAUUUUCCAGUUAUGAACCGGAACUAUAUCCUGGACUGACAUACAGAAUGGUAAAUCCUAAGGUGGUACUGUUGAUAUUUGUCAAUGGAAAAGUUGUAUUAACAGGUGCAAAAGAAAGAAAGGAAUUACAGGCCGCAUUAAAGAGCAUAUAUCCAGUAUUAAAAAGUUUCAAGAAGCAAUAAUCCGUGUUAUCUGUUUGGAUGAACAGAAUGAAUGUUUUCAUAAAUAAAAUGACAAGAUAAUGUAAAUAUAUAGUUAAAUUUUAUGACGAAAAAGAAGCUCAAGGAACCUGUAUAAAACACGAGAUAUUUAUAUUUUGUACAUUUUGUAUAGUUUUAUAAUAACAGUUAAGAAAUAUAAUUAAUAUUUCGUAUAUCGAUUUUGAUAAGGAAUAUGUAUAUUUGUGUGUGUGUGUGUGCGCGCGCGCAUACGUGUCUUUGGGAUUCUAUGGAAAAGGAAGUAAUUGUUUGCGUGUGCGUGUGUAUGCAUGGUUCUGUGUGUAGCAACAUAUCAUAUCAAAAUAAAACUAAUAAAUAGAAUUUUACAUAUAUGCUAUUUUACAAUACAUGUACAUAUAAUUUGCAUAUGUUGUCACAAUUAGUUUGAAUGCACACACAUUGUCAACACUU